CACAAAGCCAAAAAUAAUAAUUUUGCGCAAAAAUCCCUCAUUUUUAAAGUUGCGUCGCAAAAAAGAUUGCAAAUUUGAAUGAAAAUCAAAUCCGACGAUGAAUAAUACAAAGAAGAAGUCGAAGCGAAAAUGGCGGUGCUCUCCCCCUCUCUCGCCGCAAUCAAAUCCCUCUCCUUUUUCUCAGUUAAUCUGCCACAAACGUAGAGCUGAAGGAUUCUUCUCUCUCGCUGCCUCCCUUGGCAUCGACUUCUACUAGUCCCUUCGCCGCUGCUCAGUUUCCUGCCGCAAUUGAGGCUUUCUUCAAUAAUGCCCUGUUUGGCCCUACCGCCGGGGCUGCAAAUUCGAACGUGGUUGCGGGAUUACGAUAGGAUUCAGUCAAUUUCCGUUUUCCUCAUCUACAUCCAGAUUGGUUGCUCUCUGUUGGGGUCUCUGGGAGCGUUGUUCAAUGGCGUGUUGCUGAUUAAUUUGGUGAUCGCUCUCUUUGCGCUUGUCGCCAUUGAAAGCAGUAGCCAGAGUCUUGGACGCACUUAUGCUGUGCUUCUUUUCUGCGCCAUCUUGCUUGAUGUUGCGUGGUUUAUACUUUUCUCUCACACGAUAUGGAACUUUGGUUCAGAAAAGUAUGGGCUAUCCUUUGUCUUUUCUGUUAGACUGGCAUUUUCAAUGCAAAUCAUUGGUUUUUCAGUGAGGUUCUUGUCCUCAUUUUUGUGGAUUCAGAUGUAUAGACUGGGGGCUACAACAGUUGACAAUUUGGGCUAUCAAGAUAUUGAUUUCCAUGCGACAAGUAAUUAUAUAAAUCCGGGAUCUAAUGUACUAGCAAGACAGGACUCUAAUUCCAGCGAUAUACUAGGUGGGUCCAUUUAUGAUCCGGCUUAUUAUUCUUCACUUUUUGAAGAUGACCAAGUGAAUUGCAUCCAGGAGGGUGGCAAGAAAACUUUUGGUCAGGCUUGGGGAUCGGCAUCAUCUUCUGGAUCACCCCGCCUCAAAUCAUGCAUCAGCAGAUCAUUCCAGACUUCUCCUGAUCGAAGUAUGUGCAAUGCAUCCAUUUUCUAUUUGUGCAAUUUACAUGCAUACCUCCCAAUUCCUAGGUUGAUCAAUCUCCAUGAAAAUUGAAUUUCAUUUUUGUAGCCAAAGUUUAUAGGAUUCUCCGCAGGCGGACCGCGGACAUGCCGUUCCAUAGACGACCCGGUGAUGCACCGCCACCCAUUUCUUAAGGUGAAUAUAUGCCCGUUGACGGGAAUUUAGGAGCAGAAUGGAACACAUUUCUUUCAUUUUUUUUUUUAACCAUGAGCUCAAAAAUGCUGAUGAUUGCAGCAAGUAGAUAGUGAAAGAAUGAAGGUCAUGAGUUUUCUGGCACUUCUUUUUUUUUUUUUUUUUUGGCAUUUGUUAGAUUGAGGGAGCAUUUCCCAGUGAAGAGAGCAAAGAGUUCACUGAAUAUGAUUCUUAUAUUUUGGGCAUCUUAUUUCUGUUCGACUAAAAUAAGUAUGUGUAGAUCUGCGGCCAACAGUGUUGGCUUUUGUGGUUUUGUAGAGACAUGCUUCUUGUUUUAAUUUUUGAUUGAGUUUUUUUUCUACUCAUUUUGGAUGACAUGUAUGGUGAUUGUUCUUUUUUGUUUU